UUUGCCCUCUUGACAGCUAUAUAAUACUUAUUGUAGUAUGUAUAGAUCCUAAAAACAUAUUUUCCUCUUGUGGUUUUUGUAUGCUUAUUUAAUACACCUUAAUGCUUUUACAUUUCAUGAAUAAAAAUUAAGAACAGUAAUGGUUUCAUUUAAUUUUAGGGAAAAUUGUUUUAACUGUUGUCAUCAGCGGUGAACCUAACUUCCCACUUUACAUGCUGAAGUCGUGCCAACAAAAUUAAGAGAUCAAUAAUGCUACCAGUUUUCACUGUUCCCAUUCAACUUGGUCUGCUUUUCAUAGGUUUUAUAACUUUCAUAUGUUUGCCAAAUGCCUUUCUUCUAUAUCCAUACACAAGAACACAUUUGUGUCUAUUUGCCGGAUAAUACAACUUGAUUUGCUUCCAAAAUAAGGUUCUACUAGAUAUUGUUCCUGCUAUGGCAACGCCUGAAAACGUAAUUAUGGCAUUAACUACCAAACAAAGAACCAAUAAACCUGUCCAACUAGGUUUUCAGGAGGGUGUGUGGGCACCACUGGAGACAAACAACUCACAACACACAAAUUUGAUCUUAGGGGCUUACAAUGUAUGGGUCUUUGCAAGCCUUAUAUACAUUUAUACAUGUAGAAUUAUACAUUUGUUUAAGUGCAGAAACCAGAAAUGCCCCUAUCACACAAGUGCUUUGAGAAUGGGCACUAAGUGGCACUCAAUUCCGUUGAAAGGCAGUGUGCAAAGUGCAAAGUGCCAAAAAUGGCCGUUUGCUGAGUUCAUGUGUAAAUUACAUCACCGUUUGUAAAUGAAUCUAAGAAAAUGGCUUCAUCUAAGAGUAUUUAUAGGAUUUAUUUCUACUUCCAGGUAAUUUUGUGCCCCUCAAUAGGAAGGUGGAAUGGAGAGGAAGUUAUGAAGACUUUGUGUCCCAGCUGGAGGAUUCCGAGUUGGACCCAAAUUAUACAGACUUUAUAGUUCCGAUAUUUGUUUGUAGGGUGCUGCACACAUUGCCAGAGCAGGAGAUGCAACAAAUUACAACUUUUUUUAAAAACUGCAGAGACCUCACAGGUGUUUUCCCAAUCGUUGUUCUCACCUUCAAAACCAGUGGGAAUUAUUCUGAAGCUGAAAAGAUGUUUAAAUGUUUGGGGGCAGAGGUGGUUGUGGCAGUGGAGAAUUACUCUGAAGAGGAUCAGAUACAGACACUGGAGAGAAGUAGAGAUUUCCUCAACCUCAUUAAAUCUGCUUUGGAUAAUGUCACAUUCCGUAUGGGGAACCCAAGGAACCCAAGGGAAGAACGUAUAAAGAGAAAGAAAUUCCUGCUAAGAUAUGUCCAUGAUAUUGACAUGGAAGAAAAAAGGAAACAAGAGGAGUAUAGGAGAAGAUUUAUGGAUAGGAAACGAUUUGAGGCUAGGAGAAGUUUUUUUGCUAGGAAAAGAGAGGAGGCUAUGAGAAAAAGAGAGGCUAGAAAAGAGGAGGAAGCUAGGAAUAGAGCAGAGGAGGCUAGGAGGAGAGAAGAAGAGGCUAGGGAAAGAGAGGUGGCUAGGAGGAGACAAGAGGAGGUGGAGAGGGUGUUUAACUUGUAA